AUGUCAUCAUCCACUCCUACUGUUAUUCAGUUAAGCCUCACCUACACAAAAGUUGAUCACAAGGCAGUAUUGUCCUCCGAUGGUCAUAUUCACUAUGCAAAUAAUUCACUGGACAGUAUUACAGAAUUUUGCAAUGAAGUUACAGAUUAUAAAACAAGUGGCCAAGUUGCUGAUAGAAUUAAAUUCAGCUUGAAUGGAAAGGAGAUUGGAGAAUACAGUGAUUUCAAAGAGAAGGUUCAAGAUUAUCACAAGAAGGAAAAGCUAAAGGCACUUCACUGUUUACUAAGUGGAUCUCCACUGCCAACUAUAGUAAAAAAGGAAAAGAAGGAGAAGAAGGAAUCAUCAGAAAGUACACAAGAUUCAGUCAAGCAAAUCUUGAAACAAUUCAAGAAACUUUCAUUGGAAGAUAAGGGUCGUUGUAUGAAAUUACUCAUGUCUCAAUUUGUUGAGCAAGUGAAUGAAGAAUCCAAUGAUGUCGAUAAUACUAUUGAUUCUGAUUCAAUCUAA